UAUUACAGGUUAAAUUCCCCGGGAGCAACCUAGGAUUAAGUUCAAGGGCACCUUGUUCACUUACAGUAGGCUCGCUCCUUACAGGAUUCAAAUCAGACACUCAAUGUCUUCCAAUGUCCAGCUUUAGUCAAUGCCUGGCAUGCCUCAAUGUAUAUUUUCACCCAGAAUUUCAAAUAUAUUUCAUGCCAUAUUAAGCAAUAAGGAGAAAAUGAUUGAGAAAUGACCAUUAAAAUAUAUCGCGAAAACGUCUGUUUCGCAGGUGAGCUGCCACAAAGCUAUACAAGACCUACAAACAAACAUCGAAAUAUGACGCUUUCUUCUAAAUGCCACGAUUUUCCACAAUCAGAAACCACAAGUUUCUUUUUUCAUCGAUGAGCAUGCCAUCACCUGAGUGGUGAAGAUGUUUUCUCUGUGACCUUACAGACAGAAGAGGUGACCCUGCCCAAAGCUUUGCAUGCUGAUUUCCAUGUGUUCCAUUCAUGGCAGUGAAUGUUGUUAGACCCUCCAGAGCCAUAAAGAGUCAGACGCUGAAGAAGACUUGAUGCAGAGGACGCUGCUGGCAGAGAUGGCGAUAAAAUUUUGUUGCUUUUCUCAGGAACCGAUCAAUGAUAUGGACACCUGGGGCGAGUCGAUCGAGAAUCUUCUCUGCUCGAAAUCGGGACAGAUGGCUUUCCAGGAAUUCUUGAAGUCAGAAUACAGUGAGGAAAAUAUUCUGUUCUGGUUGGCAUGUGAGGAAUACAAAAAGAUCACAAGUGUACCAGAGAUGAUCAGCAUGGCAAACCAAAUCUACACUGAGUUUGUCCAAACGGAAUCACCCAGACAGGUUAACAUAGAUUCUGGCACUCGCACAAAAAUAACAAACAACAUCUCGGAGCCAAACCUGAACUCAUUUGAUACAGCACAGAAGAUGAUCUUCAGUCUAAUGGCGAGAGACUGCUAUCCCAGGUUUCUCAAGUCUGACAUCUACCAGGCCAUUCGACAAGGAAAGAGAUGACUCCUUAACAGUCCACCGUUACUAUUGCCAGUGAUAACUUGUAAAUUAUUAUUUUAUAUUUGUUAAGCAUGACCUUUAUUCGUUUUGGAUUGUAAUAGGUUUAUUCUGAUCAAUAUUUCAACAUAGAAUUCUUUGCAUGUCCUAUGUCCCCAAGAGCAUGUUUAUAGUGUCACAUGUGGGCCUUUUCCUAAUUUGACAGUAAAAUAAAACUACAGGUAUGUUUAUUUUACAGCGUAAUAGAAAAACAUGAAUGCAGCAUGUGUUAUGGGCCUGAACAGAUUCUGUCAUUUCCUGGUUUCUUGAUUAUCAACAUGCUGUUGAAAAAGCAAUUAUUCAUAAGGACAAAAUAAGACAGCACAUAGGUAUAGAUUUUUUAUCCAUCUUGUACAGCCACUACAUCUACAGUUUACAUCUUUAACAAUGUAACCGGUCAGAGAAUUCAUUUGUCAGUCAGUUGUUUAUUAUUAUUGGGAGUAUAAUUCUUUCUUUUUUAUGAAAUUAUUAUUUUUUUGCUUAGUUUUUCUUAUGAUUGAUGUUGACUGUCAGGAGGAAAUUCAUGAUACGAAUUUAAAAAGCUAUCUAAAACAAUAAAAAAUGAAUUAAUUAAAUACAGCAUUUUUAUUAUU